AUGAAAAAGUUACGAAUGUGCUACAAGCAUUUUCACGAUAACGAUUAUAGUUGUUUUCCAACUAGACGAGUUUUAAAAAGUAAGGCGAUUCCAUCAAUACUUAUGCCAUCAGUAGAUAAAAACGUAAUUACAAGUACAGCACAUACAAGUACAGAAAAUACACAUACAGAAAAUACAAGUAUAGCAAAUACAAGUACAGCAAAUACUAGUACAGUGAUUUCGUCGCAGGAUGCAUCUCAGAACAACGAAGGAAUAGAAGACAUUUGCAAUGAACAAUACAAACAACUGAAAUCUCAUUUACAAGAACAAAGACAGCUCGUUCUGCAAGGUCAGGAAGAUCAUAAUGCAUUUGUUGAACAACAACUGAAAAACCAGCAGCAAGACUUAAUAUUGCAGCAGCAUGAAGAACAGAUACAACAACAACAACAGUUAUUACAGCAGCAAGAACAAGAAAUUGAACAGUUAAAGGAUACAAUUACUAUGCACUUUUAA